AUGCCACACUCAGUAUCUCCAAAAUCUCCUCGCGGUGAUGACGAGGAACUUCCAGAUGCACCCUCAGUGGGUGAGAAGGAAGUCUCUGGGGUGAAAUUGGAAGACAUGUUUGACGAUGAGGACGACGAUUUUCCAGCGUCUAGUGCCCAGGAUGUGAAGAUGGAGUCAUCCCCGGCUCCCGCACCAGCGAGUGCUCCUACCGCAGCUCCUGCUGGCGUGGAUACCGAUGUUAUGCUUGCAUUCUAUCAGCGUCUAUUCCCGUUCCGCUACCUUUUCCAGUGGCUCAAUCACGGUGUUGUGCCAACAAAGGAUUUUGGCAAUCGAGAAUUCGCCCUGACUCUUCAAAAUGACGCAUAUCUUCGUUAUCAGUCUUAUCCCACCGCAGACCUAUUCCGAAAGGACAUCCUCAAGAUGAAUCCGUCGCGAUUCGAAAUCGGUCCUGUAUACAGCACGAAUCCACGCGAUCGCAAAACGCUACGGGGCGGCCAGAUGAAACCGGUAUCAAAAGAGCUAGUCUUUGAUAUCGACAUGACAGACUACGAUGACAUCCGAACAUGCUGUCAAAAAGCCAACAUUUGCCACAAAUGUUGGGCAUUUGUGACCAUGGCUAUCAAAGUCAUCGACAGCGCUCUGCGGGAGGAUUUUGGAUUCGAACACAUCCUUUGGGUCUACUCUGGUCGUCGUGGUGCUCACGCAUGGGUGUGUGAUGCUCGUGCGCGCAACUUGCCGGACGACCGGAGGAGGGCUAUUGCUGGUUACCUUGAGAUCCUUCGCGGAGGGUCACAGAGCGGCAAACGAGUGAACAUUCGGCGACCACUUCAUCCUCACAUCAAUCGCAGUCUGGAUAUCUUGAAGACUUACUUCGCUCAGACCACCCUCAAGGAUCAGAACACAUUUGCAAGUGCGGAGCAAGCGGAGAAGCUCUUGGGACUACUUCCGGACAAGACCUUGAAUGAAUCUCUCAAAAGAAAGUGGGAUUCUUCCCCCGAUCGGCCUAGCACCAGCAAGUGGGCUGAUAUUGAUGCACUUGCGAAGACUGGAAAAAGCAACACAUUGAACACCUCGGCUCUUCGAGAUGCCAAGCAAGAUAUUGUCCUCGAAUACACCUAUCCCCGUCUUGAUGCUGAAGUCAGCAAGAAGAUGAUUCACUUGUUGAAGAGCCCCUUUGUCAUCCAUCCGGGCACAGGACGAAUCUGUGUACCAAUCGAUCCGCAUAAGGCCGAGGAAUUCGACCCUUUAUCGGUCCCAACUGUCAUGGAGUUGCUGGGUGAAAUUGACGCAUAUGACGCCAAGCAUCCACCUGUCGGUUCUGAAGACGGAGCUGUACCUGAAAUCGAGGGCAGCAUGCCGAAUGGCUCAGAUAUGAGGGGCGCUCGCAAGAUUCAAGACUACGAGAAGACCAGUCUGAAACCAUACAUCGAGUUUUUCCGUUCCUUCAUUGCGAACCUCCUCAAGGAGGAGCGCGCAGGGAAACGUGAGCGUGACGAAACAGUUCCGCCCUUGAAGGCUGAUCCUAUGGAGUUUUAA